UAUACGGGUAAAUUUGUAUGUGUUUUUGUGUAGUUUAUUUUGUGAUGUGGAUAUUUUCUGUGUGAAACAAUGUUCAAUGAGUGUGGAUAUGUUAUAUUUUUGCUAUUGGUGAUUCCUUAUAUCGAAAGUGGUACAUUGAGUUCCCCGUUAGACACUCAAUUCGAAGCUCGACGUUUAAGCGAAUACGUUUCACAUUAUGAGCCAUUAUCAUAUGAUACACAGGUGGUUCAUAAAGCUCAUUUACGUGUACGUAGAUCAAUUAGUAGAGAUCGACCGCAAGGUGAACACGUACAAAUACAAUUUCAUGCACAUGGUCGACAUUUUAACUUACGUUUACGGCGUGAUACAGAAACAUUUCAUGAUCGCUUGCGAGUCGAUGGACCAGAUGGUAAUGAAAUUCACGUUGAUACAGCACAUAUCUAUCAAGGACAUCUCAAAGAUGAUUCAAACAGUUAUGUAUUUGGAUCGGUGAUAGAUGGUGUAUUCGAGGGCAAAAUAGUGUCUUCUGAUGACUCAUUUUAUGUAGAAAAAGCACAUCAUUAUUUCCCCAAAGACCAACAAACAAACCAAAGCUUCCAUUCUGUGAUUUAUAAUGAAAAACAUGUUACUGAUCCACAUCUCCACAAGCGUAAACAUUCAAGUGGAUGCGGUGUUACCGAUGAUAUGGUACAAUGGAUGGAUAGAGUUGCAAAUUCCGCCGUAGAUGAUGAUAAUAUCGAUGCUGAAUCCAAAUUAACAGAACAAAAUAAAAUUAAAAAUAGUGUACCAGAAAAUGUGAAAGAAAAACAUAAACAAGAACAAAUUUUACCAAAAAAUCUUAGAAAUAGUUUUGAGAAUCCAUAUGAGAAAUAUAGUCGUGAAGCGAAUUCCAAUGAUUCGUCGUCACAUCAGCGACACAAACGUGCUGCUCCAAAAGAGAAUAAGCGUAAUACAUGCUCAUUAUUUAUACAGACUGAUCCACUUAUUUGGAAACAUAUACGUGAAGGUUUCCCAGACCACAGAGAUCCUAAUAAAAGACUUGAAAUAGAUGAGAAAACUAGGGAAGAAAUUUUAUCAUUAAUUGCACAUCAUGUCACUGCCGUUAAUUAUAUUUAUCGAGAUACGAAAUUCGAUGGCAAAAUCGAACACAGGAAUAUUAAAUUUGAAGUUCAAAGAAUUAAGAUUGAUGACGAUUCAGCAUGUGGCGGCUAUCCAUAUCGUGGUGAAUCAAAUCCAUUUUGUAUGGAAAAUAUUGAUGUCAGUAAUUUUUUAAAUUUACAUUCGUUGGGGAAUCAUGAAGAUUUUUGUUUAGCAUAUGUAUUUACAUAUCGUGAUUUUACUGGAGGUACCUUAGGAUUAGCAUGGGUUGCAUCGGCGUCAGGUGCUUCAGGGGGUAUUUGUGAAAAAUAUAAAACAUACACAGAAACUGUCGGUGGUACUUAUCAAUCAACAAAACGCUCAUUAAAUACGGGUAUUAUUACAUUUGUCAACUACAACAGUCGUGUACCGCCAAAAGUGUCACAAUUAACAUUAGCACAUGAAAUUGGUCAUAAUUUUGGAUCACCGCAUGACUAUCCACCAGAAUGUCGUCCUGGUGGAUUAAAUGGCAACUUUAUAAUGUUUGCUUCGGCGACUAGUGGUGAUCGCCCGAACAAUAGUAAAUUUUCUCUAUGUAGUGUGGGUAACAUAUCAGCCGUCCUAGAUGCCAUUGAGGACAAUAAGAAACGCAACUGUUUCACAGCAAGUGAAGGUGCAUUCUGCGGCAACAAAAUCGUUGAAGCCGGUGAAGAAUGUGAUUGUGGUUAUGAUGAUUUAGAAUGUUCUGAUAAAUGUUGUUAUCCACGUGUUGUCAGUGAAGUGGAAAAAAUGAAAAAUGAUUCAGCAAAAGGUUGUCAUCGUAAAUAUGGUACACAAUGUAGUCCAAGUCAAGGACCAUGUUGUCAAUCAUCGUGUCAUUUUGUUCCUGCGUCAGCAUAUAGUGUGUGCAAAGGGGCGUCGGAUUGUAGUUAUUCAAGCAAAUGUGAUGGCAAAUCACCAGAAUGUCCUCCGCCAUUACCAGUGGCGGAUAAAACACGUUGUAAUAAUGGUACACAAUUAUGUAUUAAAGGCGAUUGCGCUGGAUCAAUUUGUUUGGAAUGGAAUUUAACGGAAUGUUUUUUAACAUCUAAUAUUAUUCCAAACAUAAAUAAACGAAAGUUGUGUGAGUUAGCAUGCCAAAAUGGAACAGAUCCACAAUCAUGUAAAAGUACCAGUGAAUUUGCACAUCUGGUUGGUUUACCUCCUGGAGGUAUUAGUCUGCGUCCAGGAUCACCAUGUGAUAAUUUCCAGGGUUAUUGUGAUGUGUUCUUCAAAUGUCGAGCAGUCGACGCUGAGGGGCCACUAGUUCGAUUAAAGAAUUUAUUAUUUAAUAAAGAGACAUUAUUGACUGUCGCACAGUGGGUCACAGAGUUCUGGUGGGCAGUACUCUUAAUGGGCGUUUUAUUUAUUAUAUUUAUGGGUGCUUUUAUCAAAUGUUGUGCCGUGCAUACACCAUCAUCUAAUCCAAAGAAACCACCUGCACGACGUAUUAGUGAAACGUUACGUAGACCAAUGAAUACGCUGCGUAGAAUGCAUCGGCAUCAUCAUCAUCAUCAUCACCCACCGGCUGGACCAACACCUAUGCCACGAAAUAGUAGUAGUUCGGGAAAUCGUGGUCGAGGUGAUGGAGCGUCUCGGCCUUCUGCUAGCCGUGCACCGCCACAUGGUUACGGUGAAGGUAGAGGACAAUAUUAUCCACCUAAAGCUUCAGCACCGUUACCAGCAAAUUAUAAUCGUUCAAAUCAUCCAGAACUAUACGCUGGAGCAUAUGAAAUGCAUCGUCAAAAUCAACAUAAAGUCUGACAACAAACUGGUGCUUUUCCACAACAUUUUUCCACCUAUACUAAUAGAUAGGCAAUCCUGUGAACAAAGUUACGCUACAUGUGUUAUUAAUUAUUAUUUACUACAAUUUUAC